CUUGAAUUACCAAAUUGUAGUAAAGUUCAGAAAAUGCUUCUGUGAUAUAAUACCGUUUUUUGGCAUGACUACAUAUACGCGAACUAAAAAUAAUCUCCACCGCGAGAGAGUUGCGUAAUCGUAAUAAAUAUUUUAAUCAUUUAAUCUUUCGGCGAUAUAUAAUUAAACAAUUGGGCAAGGUAGUUCUUCUUUUUUACAACAUUGUAUACGUAUAUGCCAAAUUAUUUUCAAAGUAUAAAAAUAGCAUUAUUUAUAUGCGUGUAUGUACGUAAGUUGAUUAAGUUAAGCAUUAAAUGUUACAGGAUUUUACGCAACAAGAAAAAUAUUAUCUUCUCUAUUUAUUAUACCCAGAGAUUUUUCUUUACGAUACACCUUUGCCGACUGUGUUACCACAUACGUAUAACGCGUGAGUAAUAACGAUUGAUUAAGAAUUCGUUACGAGGUAUGAUCGCAAUGUAUCAUCGAUGAAGAAGCUGAAAAAAAAGUCGGAUAGCACGAGAGGCGGGCAAGCGAGCAAGACAGUAGGCGCGACGAAUGUAAGCGGAGAUGCAUCACCUACCCGCGUAUGCAGAGAUUUUCUGCGAAACGUGUGUCAUAGGGGUAAACGUUGCAAGUAUUUGCACGAACGUUCCGAGGACGACCCUGUAGAAGAAUACACGUUCUGUCACGACUUUCAAAAUGGGAUGUGCAAUUGGCCUGGCUGCAAAUUCCUUCAUUGCACAGAAAGUGAGGAGAAGAGAUUUCGAGCAACAGGAGAAUUACCUGCUCAUAUCUUGAGUAGGCUCAAAAAUAACAAUGAAAAGUCCGAAUAUCCAAUGUGUAAGGAUUUUAUCAAGGGUAGCUGCCAAAGGACAAAUUGUAAAUUUAGACAUUGGAAAAAUGAAGAACCACAACAUAAUUUGAUCACAACAUCACAUCAUAAUGUGUCCAGGCCGCAGCACAAUUUCAAUGGUACGAGUAAUGGUGAGAAUCGCAGAUACGAGGAGGAUAGAAACUUUCACUGGCAAAUGGAAGAUCAACACAAUUUAGUCACAAAUAAUAGUUACAGUACAUCUUCACAUCCACCUGAUUAUAUAGGACCUCCUGAACCAAAGAGACGAAUAGUUUCUGGUGAAACUGUUGUUCAUUUUGAAACUUCACCACUCGUAGGCCAACAUACCGCGCAACCGGUUACUCCAGGAUAUUAUUAUCCAGUGAUACCGCGUAAUGAAGCUAGAGCAAUUGUUUUGGAAGAUGAAAAUGCGUUACUAAGAAAGAAAAUAGAGGAAUUAAAAAAGCAAGUUAGCGAUCUAACAGCAACUAAUGAAUUUCUUUUGGAUCAAAAUGCUCAGUUAAGAAUGUCAGGGAAACGAACUGCAAAUGUAACAGCUGUUACAGUUCCAGCAGUUACUAUCACAAACACUGUUCCACCAUCGCAAGCUCCAACACCUCAACAAAUGGUUAACGCAGCGGUAGCUGCUGGAACUUUACGUACAGUUACUGCAAGCGUUGCGACAGUUCCUGUAAGUAUAGCUACAGUUGCGCCUGUUUCUAUUGCAGCAGUUUCAAUGGCACCAGUAUCAAUCCCGCCGCCUAUCGUUACGAUGGCUCAACAAACGAUUACGAUGAGCGGUUCAGGUCCUCAGGCAACUAAUCAACAGCCACCUAAUACACAGCAACCUGCUAGUUUACCUCUUUCGAUAUCCGGUGCUACUGCACCGUUGGUUUCGUAUCCCAUUAUGACUCAAGAACUUAGGCCUGUGUUGCAGUAAAUAAAUUAUAAGCACGAAGGGAACGUCAAAUAGUACCUCAAGCACAUAGACAAGUCAAGAGUGCUGUCUCCUGCAUUCAGUCUUUCAAAAUAAUACUGUAUUUCUUCGACUACCAGUAAUGAAUGCGAAUGAAAAGAAAAAAUGGAGAAAGUGUCUGCAGACUAUAAAAAAAAAGAUGAAAAUGUCAUAUUAAUUAAAGAAUGUGACAUCUUAAAUAUUUAUAUAGGAACUCAUAGAAAUUAUCAUACAGAGCAAAAAUAACGAUCAUAAUUGUUUUGUACUAUUAUGUCUUACAGCUGCUUAAGUUGAAUAUUUUCGUUCCUUUCAAUAAUUUAUUCUGCAGAACGUGAAUGCCGACUACAUUAAUAUGUUGAUAUGUGCAACACAAUAAAUGUCCAAAGUGUGUAUAGAUUUAGAUUAAUAAGAAUAUUGAUCUAGAACCAUGUCAGAUGGUCAAAAAUGAUAUUCUCUUAUUCUUUUUUUAAUAAUGUAGUAUCAUGAAGAUACAAAUAAUUUUGUAGGUAAUUUUUUGUAUCAUUAAAAAAAUAAUCUCGUACAAGUAAAAAAUUUGUAAAUUAAAAAAGAUAUAGAUAAGAAAUGACUCGUUUAGACUAAUAUGUUAAGAUAAGUACAAAACUAAAAUGAAGCAUGUAAAUGAAUUAUAUUGAAAGUUCAAAGUUAAGGUUUAUCACUACGACAAAAAUGGUGGUGAACCUUAUGAUUGUUCUCUAUGCACUGCUGUAAAUAGUAUUCUGUUGCUUCCUCAUUUUCUCAGAAAAAAUUUUUAUACUUCCAUCUUUUUAGCAAAUAAGUUAACGAUUCUUAUAAAAUAGUGAUAUUUUAAUUAAUUAAGUACUUAUUGUGAACUUUUGUGUUUUUACAAUUUUACUUAAGUAAAUGGCUUUGGGUUUAGGUGAUGGAAAGUAAAGACUAUGGAUUUAAACCUGACCCAUAAAUGUAAGAAUCAGGUAUACAGAUAAUGUAAUAUGCAUCCCAUAAACCAAAUAAAUAUGUGUAUGUUUUCAAGUCA